AUGAGUUCUAUAGAAGCAGCUUCCAUACAAAACAAUGCGAGGCUCCAAGACUCGGAUGAUAUCCAUUAUGGUGGUUGGGUGGCGAUUAUGGAUAUCAAUGACCCAUACGUGCAAGAGCUUGGAAGGUUUGCGGUGAUGGAGCAUGCCAUGCAAAGCAAGGAAGAUGUGACUUUCACGAAGGUGGUAAGCGGGGCGACUCAAGUUGUGGCUGGAAAAGCUUAUCGGCUGGUGAUAACGGGAGUAAGUAAUGGCCAGAAAAUGUUUUCGUAUUACGAGGCUGUGGUGUUGGAUAUACCAUGGGAGCACUCAUGGAAACUCCUGUCUUUUAAGCCUCGCCCUAUGGUUUAA